CGCUGCUCGUGGAGAGAACUAGAAACCAGGAAAUGAACCAGGAAAUGACCUCUGGACGGUCCAAUGACAUCACAGCCUCGGCGUUCACUCAUGGGGCUGAAUGAGAGCAGCACCCUGACUCUUUUCAAGGAUUUCGUGUUGUUUAAUGGUCUCUGAGUCAAGCAAAUCGCGCUGUGGAUCCUUGCAAGAACGGUGGGGCGAACCGGGUCAACGGCAUGUCGGCGGAAGGAACUUCUCCGGAUGGAAAUGGCAAGGUUAGUCGUGUCUUCCGGAUUGGAACCCGCAAGAGCCAGUUGGCUCGCAUCCAGACUGACAGCGUGGCAGAGAAGCUGAAGGAGCUGUACCCUGAACUUAACCUGGAAAUAGUUGGCAUGUCAACGUUAGGAGACAAAAUCCUGGACACAGCUUUAUCAAAGAUUGGCGAGAAGAGUCUGUUCACCAAAGAGUUGGAGAAUGCUCUGGAGAGGAACGAGGUGGACCUGGUGGUCCACUCCCUGAAAGACCUCCCCACCACGCUGCCUGCAGGAUUCACCAUUGGGGCCGUGCUCAAGAGGGAAAACCCCCAUGAUGCAGUGGUGCUACACCCGAAACAUGUUGGCAAAACUCUUGACACUCUGCCAGACAGCAGUGUGAUCGGCACCAGCUCCCUGCGCCGCGCCGCCCAGCUGAAGAAGAGGUUCCCCCACCUGCAGUUCAAAGAUAUCCGUGGGAACCUGAACACACGUCUGAAGAAGCUGGAUGAGAAGGAGGACUACGCCGCCAUCAUCCUGGCUGCUGCCGGCCUCGGGAGGAUGGGCUGGGAUGACCGCAUCAGCCAGAUCCUGGGGCCUGAAGACUGUAUGUACGCUGUUGGACAGGGGGCUCUGGCAGUGGAGGUUCGGGCCAGAGACUUAGACAUCCUGGAGAUGGUGUCGGUCCUCCAUCACCCGGAAACUGUGCUGCGCUGCAUCACUGAGAGAGCUUUCCUCAGAUGCCUGGAGGGUGGGUGCAGUGUUCCGGUGGCAGUAAACACUGAAGUGAAGGACUCUCAGCUCUACCUGACGGGGGCAGUGUUCAGCCUGGAUGGCUCAGACAGUCUGAAGGAAACCAUGCAGACAAGCAUCGCUACGGAUGACAAGAGCGUGGACGAGGAAGUGGACGAGCGUGUGCAGCGUGUGGGAGUGACAGCCAGUAAGAUCUGCGGUGGCGCCCAGGACCGGGCUGAGCGGCUGGGGAUCGACCUCGCCAACCUCCUGCUGAGCAAAGGAGCCAAGGAGAUCCUGACGGUGGCCCGGCAGCUCAACGACGCCAGAUAAUCCCGCCCCCCUGGAGGAGAUUGGGUCCUGGAGUGCAGUCAGUCACAGCCAAGUAAAAUCUUGAAUUCCUACACAUUUGACUUGGCGCGAGAAAACGAACAACUUUGCUGCCCCUUGUGAGCUAAAUCAAGAAAAUAUUGAGGAUUUGAAACAUUACUUGAACCAAAGUCCUGCAUAGUUUGAUCAUAAUCAGCUUGUUAAGAGUCACUAUGGGUCCCAGCCUGUUACAUGAAUACCUCAUGGAACCAUCAUCUGAGCCAUUUAGAACCCGCCUUAAUACAAAAUGGCCUUCCAACAUCGUCCUCAGCAAUACAGUACCAUCAUUGGCUGAUAUCCUUACAAUAAAAUCCCUUUUUUAAAGCAUAUCGGAAUCAGAUUAUUAAAAUAGUAUGCCACUUGAAUUCAACGUUUUCGUACUCUUUUUCCCAACAUAACCAAUCAGUGUCCAUUAGACCUCCUCUUUUGCUUUUUACAUUCUCCGUUGGAAAGGCUCGCUUUGAUGGUACCAAAGAUUCCGGGGAUGUGUGCACAUUUUUUCGAGUGCCGUAGGCAUACGCUGCACUGAAAAUGGGCCUCAUUUAGGUGUGAAAGUUGAGAAAUGUAAAUAUAAAUGUGAAAAAUAGUAUUUUUUCUAGAAGCUUCACAUUUUUUCAUCCAGCUCAAGUUGAAUGCAUCAUUGUCAGCUAUGGAGGCUAUUUUAGACUAUGCUAGUUCCCUUUUUACAGAGAAAGAAUAUAUUUAAUACACAUGAUGAGAACCUUGUGGGAGGAUUUUGUUUUACUCCGUUGGUUAACGCUGGAGCAAUAAAUGCUACUUUUUUUGUGCACUGAGUUGUUAUACUGCAAAAGAUUGUCCUGUUCAUUAUUUGCUGAUGUCUCUUAGAAGCACCAGUUAGGCUUAUGAUAUUUAAAUAUGGUGUACAUGCUACAUUUGUGUGUAAAGUAUGUAAUCGACUGUUUAUAAGGUAUAGUACACAGGAGUGAACUCGUCAACUGGCAGUAGGGGUAAUUACCGUUGUUAGAGAUGUUAAGUGGCCAAACAAACCUUAUUUAACUGAAAAUACUACAGGCUAUUUCUUUACAUUAUGAAUGUUUACGGCUGCAUUGCCAUACUGAAUAAAUAGUCAUCAUUAUGGUGCAAUUUGCAACAUACAAGUUUUUGGUGUAGUUCUUCCAAAGCAUCUUUGCAUUCAUAAUGCAAAGCUCUGCCUUCUGUAUCUCAUAAUCACACCAUAUUUUUCUUUUAAUUACAAAAUAAAGAUCUUGUCGUCAUGAGAUCGUAUUCUUGUAAUUAUGGCUUCUGUAAUUGUAUCACAUUCAAUUACAAAAUACAUAUUUCCUUAUUACGUGAUUUGAAACUUGUAAUAAUGAAAAAUGGAUCUCUUUUUUUAUGCUUACAGUAUAUUUUUCUCUUUUACUAUGAGAUAUAAUCUCUUAUAUUAAAAUAUCCUAUUAAUUAGACUUUUUCUCAAGUUUUUAGAUGUGGAUGUCCUAAAUAAGAGAAUAUCUCAUUAAGAUAUACAGAAGUCAUAAUUACAAGAAUAUAUACUUUGGUGAAUGUAAUUCAAAUUAACAAGGAAAUUAAUGAAAACACAUUUGUAUUUGCUGUAAUGCAAGAUGCUGUAAUCUUCAUUAUAAAACUGAAGUGUUUCCAAAAGCAAAACAUUUUCAGACUUGUUUAUUAAAUAAAAAUGUCUUGAAUGCCAUUUUUUGUGUUAGUUUCUAUCAAAGUGCCAUUGCUUCAAAUGUCUUUCUGCAUAUCUGCCUUACAUUUACAAUGCCUGUUCUCCUUCAUUCUGCAUCAGUAUACUCGCUGUACAGUUUUGUGUGAUGCCAUAUCAUAUUUCUUUUUAUUUUAUAGUUCUUCAUUGUAUAUUUAACCUAAUUUAAACCUCCCGAGACAAUGUUAGCCAUAUUUAUUUUUCAGCUUUAUUUUCUGUAUGAAUUAUCAUAGAAUGUCUCUGUGUUCGGUUUCUUUACCACAGUAUUCAUUGUUGCACCAAUCUUGUAAUUGUUUUGCCAGUUCUGGGAACAUCAUGUCAAAUAAAACCACUGAUUUCAAGAAACAAAUGUCAAUAAAGCUAUGUGUUAAACCUGUC